AUGACAGAAAACAAAGAUAAAAUUAGUGACAAGGAUAAAGAAACGAAAAAUGAACCUGAAAUGGAAAAGGAACAGGAAAAACAGUCACAGCUGCAACAACUUCAAACACAAACCACACAAAAAGAGCAGCAACAUAAAACAGAACAACAUGACAGCAGUCGUUGCAAGAGAUUAUCACAAUUUUUGGAUUUCCUUAACAUACCACGUUAUCAUAGUGGUCACAGCGGCAGUAGCAGUAGCAGCAAUAAUUCCCAACAACAUUCUCCACAAACACCAACACCGGCCGAGAGGAAAGGCAGUAAUGAUGGUGGCAUUGAACAGGAACAUCAACAACAUCAUUUGCAACAUGGCUCUAGAAAACGUUCAUCAUGUGUCAGUUUUCAUGAUUAUGGCACUCAACGUGUUUAUAAGAACUCACCGAACUGUGUUUUAACUUUGUAUUUGCCAACUGAAAUUACCUUGUCCGGCAAUAGCUCCUCCAUCCUACAAGGUAUUGUGUUUGUUGAUCCCAAGGCUAUACAAGGAUAUCGGGUUUAUGCACAAUUGACCUUAACGUUUUUCGGUAAUUAUGGUCGUGAAGAUGAAGAAGUCAUGGGUUUACGUUUCUGUAAUGAAGCUAUUAUGUCGUUACAUCAAAUAUGGCCCAGGAAGGAGGAGCCCGCUAAAGAAUCGUUAAGUCCUCUGCAGGAAGCCUUACUAAAGCGUUUGGGAGAAGGAGCUCAUCCUUUUACACUAACUUUAACAUCACAAGCACCACCUAGCGUGCAGCUAGUACCUGCAAAGCGAUACUAUGGAGCUCCAAUAGGUACCAGCUAUGAUGUGCGCUGCUUCAUAGCCGACAAAACCGAUGAAAAAUUCCAUCGUCGUGCUUCAGUGAAAAUGGGUGUUCGUGUUAUUUAUCGCACAGAUGUUUUUCAUCAUGGCCUGAAUGGACCUGAGAAUUUUGCUGCACUUAUCAAUAACCCUGUCUCUUCGCCGCCCGUCACCUUGGCCUGCACAAAUACUAAUACUACCACUACACCACCCAUAUGUACACAAACUACGGAAUCCAGUGCAGCAUCUCCUCAAACCCAUGAGCAAAAUGAAGCCGCUAAUCCAGAAACUGCAACUGCUACUGGCGAUGCCUCGCGGCCGGCUGCUAAAUCUGUGCGUAAAUCGGAGCGCGGAGAUUCUUUUCCUAAGCUACGCUUAUCGCCGAAAUCUUUUCGCUUUAGUGGUCGCUUUGGACGCAGUAAAAGUGAGGUGGACAAGUGCUCAAGUGAUGCGUUCUAUAAUUAUAGUAAAUCAUUUCAAGAGUAUGAUAAUGUUUGUCCCGUUGCCUGUGCUGGUCCCCAGGGUGCCGUGGAUAAACCGUUUUUACUGCAAGAUGGUCGUGUAGGCUUAAAGGCCAGUUUAGACAAAGCCUGGUAUACCCAUGGAGAAGAUGUUUGUGUUUCCAUUAAUAUUCGUAAUGAUAGCAAGAAGACUGUCAGGAAAAUUAGGGUCUGCGCCAUACAACAUGUCGAUGUCUGUAUGUUUAACAAUGGCAAGUUCAAGAAUGUAGUAGCCGAUUCUGAUAACAUAUCUCCACCACCCAUAGAUCAUCAUGUGGCUCCAGGAGCCACCCUCAAUACCACCGUCAUUUUGAAACCUCAAAGAGGACCCACUAAAAAUUGGAUUGCUCUCGAGGAUACACUACAAAGAAGUACUGAACCAGAUGAAAUAAAUGCUUCGAUAGCUGCAUCGGCCGUACGCACUCCUCAUUAUCUCAUGCAAGUCAACCCGUCGCCAAGUUUUUGUACCAGUCCGCCGGUAUUUAUGCCUGCUACUCAAGUAGGAUCCGCUGGAAACACUGGCAAUUCCACACACGAUGAGCGUAAUGUCUUUGCUAUAUAUGUAUCCUAUUAUGUUAAAGUAAAACUAACUUUAUCGGGAAUGGGAGGGGAAUUAUCCCUCAAAUUACCCUUUAUGCUAGUGCACAUCGAUGAGGAACAGAGACAAAUGCAUGAAAUGCAAAAACUAAAUCUAGAUGAUGUGCCCACAAAUAAGAAAAAUGGUCACAAAACUAAAACUCCUCUUAACAAGGUGGAAUCCUCGCAUGAGUUCACUGUGCCCAAUAAUCUAGAUCGUAUAGAGUCCAUGGAUGAGGGUAAUAUAAGUAAUAAAACUAAAAUUAAAACGGAACAACUAAAUGAGGAAGAUCUGUUGCCCUCUACCAGUACGGGUAAUGGCCGCCGACGCCCUUUUAAACGCAGUGAAACUCUAGCCAAAGAACUAGAACCAGGUGAGGAAGAGCAUAAAGAAAAGGAGAAUAAAUCCGAUCAAUUGGUACAAGUUGUGGCCCAAGUACACAACAAUAAUCAGCCUAAUCCUACAACUUCAGAAAGACCAACUAAUGCUGAUGUACCUAAACAUUCUAAAGCUGCCAAGAAAAAUUCCAAAAAUUUUGCUGAAGAUGAUAUACAACAUAUUCCGGAGAAAAUAGAAACUAAAGUAGGAGGCGCUGAGCUGACUAAUGAUACCACUGUUAAUACCGCCUCUAAUGGUGUGUGAUUUUGAUUAUUUCGGCAAAUAUUUCCGAAAAAGAAAACUGGUUAAAAGGUUUUUUAAAGAAAUACUAUAGACUAGACUAUAGACUAGAUUACAGACUAGA